AUGGCGAAAUGGUCCGCAAUCAUCGCCCUGGUGGCGACGCUGCUCUUCAGCGCAGUGGCUGCCUACACUGAUUUUGCCGUCACUGGCAACAUCUCGGAAUGGAAUCAGGCAGAUUGGUCGUUGAGCACAACGAGGUUUGAAGCGGGACAAUUCCAAUCUCGCAUGUCCCUUGCCAACGGAUAUGUUGGGGCUUCUCUUGCCGCUGCUGGGCCGUUCUUUGAAGCCGAUGUCAAUUUGACUGACGCCAAUGGUCCCCCUCCAGUCGGCGGCUGGCCUCUUGAUAAUCCGAGGAAGUCUUUUUCGACUAUUUCGGGGUUUUUCAAUGUCCAACAAAAUGCCAGUCGAACCAAUUAUGGUUGGUUGCAACAGUAUGGCUGGGACAGUUUCAUUGCGGGAAUCCCACACCCUACCGGUCUUCAUUUUAGCUUUGAAGGGACGACAUUGGAUGCAACCGUCAGCAAUACUACGAUCUCCAAUUUCUUCUCCAAGCAUUCUUUCAAGACUGGUGUUGGAGAAUGGGCUUACACCUGGACACCGGAAGGCUGUGAUGCCAAUUUCAACGUCUCUUACAUGGCACUUUUCAGCAGGGCUAGACCCAACGUGAUUGCCGUAAAGGCAAUCAUCAUUUCAUCCGAGGACAUCAAUGGUACUGUCACCGAUCUAUUAGACGGUCGAAGUGCUGAUCGCAGCUACCUCAAUUCUAAGGGCUUGGACGAAAACAGCAACACCAUCUACACUUCCGUUCACCCUGACAACCUUCCAGAAGUCACGGGAUGGAUUGUUUCCGGUGCCAACUUCUCGAAUGGCUACACGGACCUGUCUUCGCGAACGAGUGCCCAGGGAUGCAAUGCUUCUGACAGCGACCCAACGAUUGGCCAGACCUACAAGAUUAAUCUCGGAGCGGGAAAGCCGGCCACCUUCUACAAAUUUGUUGGUAUUGCUUCUACUGACAAAUUUGAUCAACCUGAGAAGAUUGCGAGAAAAAGCCAGGAUUUGGCAAGGCAAGACAGUUGGGAUGUCUUGGUGAAAGAGACGAGUGCGGCGUGGGAGGAUGCCAUACCAAGUGAGCUCGUUGAUGACUUCACCGACCCUGUCACGGGCGAAAUACCAGACGACACAAACGUCAAGAUCCUACAGAUUGCAUCCGUGGCAAACGUAUACUACCUGGUCCAGAACUUGAUGCAAGAAGGGAGCGGACUCAACGACGAGAGUAUUUCGGUUGGUGGCUUGGUAUCUGAUGCGUACGGUGGUUUGCGUUUCUGGGAUGCCGAUUACUGGAUGGCGCCUGGACUGAACAUCGCCCUCCCGAAGUUCAGCAAGCAGAUCAGCAAUUUCCGAGUCAAGCAGUACGAUCAAGCAUUGGAAAAUGCUGCUUUCAACAACUUUCCCAACGGAUCUGCUCUGUAUUCUUGGACUUCCGGGCGGUAUGGAAAUUGUACAGGUACCGGACCUUGUAUCGAUUACCAGUAUCACCUGAAUCCUGAUAUCGCAUUCAACAUGGUCCAGGAGUUCAACGUUACAAAGAACGAGACCUCAUUUGCCCCAUCUAGACGAGUGAUUGAUGGUAUUGCAAUUGCAAUGUCGAACUUGCUCAAGUUCAACGAGACUGCCCAGAAAUGGGAUAUCCGCAACUCCACUGACCCGGACGAAUACGCAAACAACGUCAACAAUACCGCUUUCACUCUUGCCUCGAUAUCUACAGUCCUGAAAAUUGCUAACGAUCUGCGAACUGAGCAUGGAGAACCUCUCAACGAAACGUGGCUGGAACAAGCGAACAACGUCAACAUUGAAGUUUCGGAAUCGGGAAUCACACUUGAAUAUUCUACAAUGAACAACAGUGCAGCCGUCAAGCAGGCCGAUAUCGUUCUGAUGACCUAUCCUCUUGACUAUGAGCAGAACUACACCACCGAGCAAAAGAAUCUUGAUCUGGACUUUUAUGCGAACCGCCAGAGUCCUGACGGCCCUGCAAUGACUUAUUCCAUCUUCGCAGCCAAUGCCAACGGGCUGUCGCCUUCUGGCUGCUCAUCUUUUACCUACGCACUGGCUGGCACAAUUCCUUAUCUACGAGCUCCGUUCUAUCAAUUUUCAGAGCAAGUUGACGAUGACCCAACCACAAAUGGUGACACCAAGCCGGCCUUCCCUUUUCUUACGGGGCAUGGUGGUGCCAACCAAAUUGUACCUUUCGGGUUUUUGGGGCUAAGAACAAAUGAGCCUCUGCUCCGCAUUAACCCCUCGCUACCGCCGCAAAUUCCCUACGUCAGGAUUCGAAAUUUUUAUUAUGCCGGAUCCACACUCUCAGCGACAAUGAACAGCACACAUACGAAUCUGACUCGCCUUGCUACCCCUGUCUCUGCGGGUGUCAACGAAGUCUUCAUCAAUCAACAGUUGCCUUUCCUUGUCGGCUCUCUUGAUAAUCCCACAGGCUAUAAUAUCACGGUCAACCAGACAGUCACGGUCCAAAAUCGCUUAUACUGGCAGAUCAAGUCUAUCGCAGGUAACAUCGUGCAAUGCCUCCCAGCAACAAGCGAAGACGCACAUGUCCCAGGUCAAUUUCCCAUUGCAGCCAUUGACGGCGCCUCGUCUACCAGAUGGCAGCCUACCACCAACUCUACCGCCUCCAUGCUUGUCGACACCUCUUCCCAGGCACCCAAACUGCUUACGAGCAUCCAAUUAGAGUGGGGGGCUCGCCCUGCCGUCUUGGCUGUUGUCUACCUUGGUAACUACACCAACGGCGUUGCGGACAUGACUCGCGAGGUUAAGAUCGAAAUCAAUGGUAUCGAGCCUAAUCGGCCCUACAACGCUGCAGAGGCAGCCGUGAAUAUUUUUGAUAUUGAACCUGUGCAGAGUAAUGUUACGGUAUUCCAUAUUCCGGAUGAGAGAUGGAGUGGUGAUUAUGCGAGGCUGGAAAUUGAUGGGUGCUGGGAGAAGGAUGGUAAAGGCGCUACGGUUGGGGAGUUUGUACUUGUCUAG